AUGUUGUUUGGACGUAUGAUAGAUUCACUAAUAUCUGGUGAAUCUUCACGACAGAUUUUAUCAACCACAUAUUUGACAUCAUCACCAAAUUCAUCUAGUUUAAUGACACCAAUGAGUUAUACAAGUUUUAAAUCAACAAUAGCAUAUGAUCGAUCACAGAUGAUAAAAUCUUAUAUGAUAUUAAAAAACCAUUUUUUAAAUGAAAAAAAUCAUUUUAUUGAUAAAUAUAAUCAUAGACAAAUUGAUAAUGCUAUUUUAAAUGAUUUUAUUAUUCAACGACGUAUUGGUGGUGGUAGCUUUGGUACAGUUGUCCUUGCUCUGCAUGAAAAAAAACGAAUAGCUAUGAAGAUUCUUGAAAAACAACAUAUUGUUAAAUUAAAACAGAUCCGUCAUGUUAUCAAUGAAUGUCAUCUUUUAGGAGCAAUAAAAUGUCCAUUUAUUGUCAAUUUAUUAUAUAAAUUUAAAGAUAAUGCAAAUCUAUAUCUAUGCUUAGAAUUUAUUGGUGGUGGAGAGAUGUUUCAUCAUAUGCGAAAACAAAAGAACAAACGGUUUUCUGAAAGUGUUGCACGUUUUUAUGCUGCACAAAUAACACUUGCUUUUGAAUAUUUACAAUAUCUUGAUAUUUGUCAUAGAGAUUUGAAACCUGAAAAUUGCUUAAUUACUUAUGAUGGUUUUAUAAAAUUAACUGAUUUUGGUUUUGCUAAAAUAGUUCCAGGACGAACAUAUACACUUUGUGGUACAGCACAAUAUUUAGCUCCCGAAAUUUUAUCUAAUAAAGGUUAUGGUAAAGGUGUUGAUUGGUGGUGCUUAGGUAUAUUUCUUUAUGAAUUAAAUGCUGGUUUUUCACCAUUCUAUGCUCCAGAUCAUGCUGCUCUUUAUUCAUUAAUUUUACGUUGUGAAUAUAAAUUUCCAAAGCAUUUUAAAGAAGAUCUUAAAUCAUUAAUACGUCAAUUACUUCAAAUUGAUACAACAAAACGUUAUGGUUGUUUAGUUAAUGGUGCACAAGAUAUAAAAAAUCAUAUUUAUUUUCAAAAAGUCAAUUGGUUAUCAUUAUAUGAGAAAAAAGUUCAUUCGGAAUUUCGACCACAAUUAAUUAAAGGUUAUGAAUUUGAAUAUUUUGAAGAAAAAAAAGAUUUUAUUAUUCCAAAAUCGUCAAUAUGUUUAUUUGAAAAAGAAUUUCAAGAUUUUUAA